AAUCAAUCCCAACCAAAAUGGCCGUGAACGUGCAUUCGACUAAUGUAUCAUCGCAGAACUGGUCGCGCCAUGAGAUGUUGAACUGGGUCAAUACUCAAUUGAAGGCUGAAUUCACUAAGAUCGAAGAAUUAUGCACAGGCGCUGCCUAUUGUCAAUUCAUGGACAUGUUGUUCCCGAGUUCGGUUGCUAUCAAGCGCAUCAAGUUUCGUGCCAAUCAGGAGCAUGAAUUCGUGCACAAUUUCAAGCUUUUGCAAGCCAGCUUCCAGAAGAAGUCCGUCCAUAAGGAAAUUCCGAUUGAGCGUUUGAUCAAGGGACGCUUUCAGGACAACUUUGAGUUCUUGCAAUGGUUCCGCAAGUUCUUCAAUGCCAACAACAAGGGAAAGGCAUACAAUGCCCUUGCCGCACGUGAUGGCAUGUCGAUGAGCUUCGGUCCGAGCACUGGCAGCUAUUCCAAGAAUCAAUCGCACAGCGCACGCUCUGUGUAUAGCGCUCAUCAGGUGCGCACUCGCACUUUCGUUAGCGAUGCUCAUUUGACAUAUCGCAAGGAGAAGGAUCAUAUCGAUGUGCCAAAUGAGAAUAUCGAUGUGCGUGGCGUUCUUCAAGAGUUGGAACGUGUUGAACAAGAGCGUGAUUUGUAUGCUUCGAAGUUGCGCGAUGUCAAGGUCGUUUGCGAAGAAAAUCAAGAGACUAAUCCCGAGGUAGUUCACAAAAUACUUGAAAUUAUCAAUGAGGAUACUAGCAUUGAGACGUUCCCAUAUGAUGAUAAAACUUUCAAUGCCGAAUUGUUUGAUCAACCCAACAAUGGCAGGCAGUGUUAAGCUGCAUCCACACAUACACAAGUACUCACGCACAUAGUCUUUAAUACAUACAUAUGUAUGUACACUUG